AUGAAUGUAGAAUACAUGGAGGGUGUUCACCAGGGAGAAUUUAUUACUGGGUCAAUAGAAGAGGUCAAGGCAAGGGUCCCGUAUGAUCCUGAUGAGGAGGAUGAGGGCUUUCAUGGAAUUGAAAAGGAAGGAUCCUCAAAAGUAACUCCUCCGAGCUAUGUUGACCCUACUUUGACUUUACAUGAAGAGCCUCCAGAAUGGUGUGAGAAAACUCACAAUUCCUUUGAAGCAUGUCAGAAAUGUGCAGCGAUUGCAGCAUGGAAGUACAAAUUCAACCAUACUGUAGAUGAUAUUGUUCUAAGAACACAUUUCCACAAAUGCCGUGCAAAGAAAGCACCGAUGAAAGACAAGAAAUCUAAUGCAGAUGAUGUUCAAGUCAAGUUGAUGAUGUCUGGUGCUCCAAAAGGCUGUCUCAUAAAAGAAGGGAUAUGCACACCAAGCCAAUGCCAAGCUAAUGCUCCACCGGUACCUGGAGUUGAGGGAGGAGAAGAAGACAACUACUGA